AUGACUUCAUUAGCUAUAUUACCACAAUUGAAGAGAACUAUCACUGACAUAAUGGACGAAGAAUUGUAUCAAUCACCUUCGUCUCCAAAUUCUAUGACGAGUUUCCCUAGUGGUACAGCAAACUUGAUGAGUAAUACAAAUCACAACACUUUCAAUCAAUACAACAAUACACCAUUCAAUAUGAACUCCAACAUGAACUAUAAUCACGCUUCCAACAGAAACUCCAUAAACUCCUCGCCCAAUUUAUCUGCUACUACAUUUAAUAACGCGAAUAAUUUGGGUAAUGUUCUCAAUAUACCCGAUUCGUUUUUAGAACAAUUGGCAUCACAAGAUUAUAUAGAUCAUUUGAAAUCGCAACAGCAACAAGACCAAGCUUUUGAAAAUGCAGAUGAUAUUUACGUUCAACAAGUACACGAAAACCCGGUGAAUCCAUUUAAUGAUUAUGGUAAUCCAGACUCGUUUAUCAGAGCUCAAGAACAACAAUCACAACUACCACAUCCACAACAACCAAUAUCGCAACAGGAACAACAACGACAGCAACAAGCCAAUAAGACUCCUUUACCACAAGCAUUCCCAACGAGGAGAAGGAGAAAGAUUACUUUACUUAAUGAUAUCGGUGGUAUCGGUGGAUCAUCAAAUAGAAAAAAGCAUUUUGACGAAGAUUAUUUGUUGUAUAACCCAGAUAUAUCUCCUGGUCAUAUUGUAACUGAUUGUUCUUUGGAUUCAUCUUUGGUCAUCCCACCAAACAGCAACGAGUUAUUUUUAACAGAAUCGGAGUCUCCGGAAUUUGCUAACGAUAUUAUUCCAGGCUAUGAGAAUGAUUAUUUGUUUUUAGAUGAUGAUGAUGAACAAAUUGAAGAGGAUGUUUCUGAUGAUGAGGGUGAUAACUAUUUCCAAGUUGACGAAGAUUUUGACGAUUAUUUGAUGAACAAUAACGGUUUUGAUGGAUAUCCAACAUUUAAUAAUUAUGAAGGUCCUGGCGACAACAUCAGUAUUACUAAUGGCCUCAAUACCGAGAGUAAUAACAAUAUCGAUGAAACUAUAAGUGAUGUUAACAGUAAUAGUGAACUGGAGACAGUAUUUGAUCAACCAAAGGAAGUAUCACCGGCAGCCAUUUCACCAGCUUCUCAAGAUCAAGAUUCUGAUGAUAUGAUGAUUGAUAUGGAAGACGAGAAUCAAAUAGCUGGUGCUACCGCUGGUGAAGAAGAAGAAGUUAACAAGAAGCAUUCAAAAACAGGCAAGAAAGAAUCUAAAUCUCCGAAAGAGAAUUUGUCAACCACAAAGUCAAAGAAACAUUCACAUGGCAUAUCUGGAGCAGAAAUAACCCUCAACAAUCCAAACCAUCAAUGUAACUUGAUUAAUCCAUCUACUGGUGAACCAUGUAACAAACAGUUUUCACGUCCAUACGAUUUGAUCAGACAUCAAGACACCAUCCAUGCAUCUAUGAAGAAAAUAUUCAGAUGUGUAAUUUGUGAAGGUAGAUUAAAUGGUGGACCUGGUAAUGGUAAAGAGAAAACAUUUUCUAGAGGUGACGCCUUAUCAAGACACAUAAAAAUAAAGCAUGGUUUAGUUGGACAAGAAGCAUUAGAUUUAAUCAAUGAAGCCAAGGAAAAUGUUGAAUACAUUCCAGUAUAA